GCUACUUCGGCAACCACGGUAUUGUUCAGAACAUCAGAAUAACACGAACGAACUGCAAACCAGAAGUAAGCAAGCAAGCUUGAAACUGCACUUCAUGCCACUAUGCGACCAUUCAGCGCCAACAUAGUCAAGAGUUGGGUAGCCAAAACCAGAUGAAUGUUUGGCUAUAUUCUCUCGUCCGUUCAUAACGGAGGAUUCGAAAGUGCGUUUCAUCCUGCAUUGCAAACGAAUAUGAACGUUACAACCAUAUUAACGUUUUGUAAAGCCGUCAUUUGUGAUAGCUAACGCGAACUGUUAGCUAGAUAUCUACAGUCGCUCCCUCCUGUGCGUUAAAAAAGUGGAAAAUACAACGAGCAGUAAAAAGUUACAUUACAAAGCUUAAGCUGUUAUUACGCGAUACAUUCCAGAGUGGACCAGGUUAUCAAGACGUUCAGUAGCCUACGAUGUCUUUCUGAAAUAGUUGGCUAACUUUGGAGCAAUGUAGCAUCGCUGUACGGACUUAAAUCAGCUUUGGAAGCAGUGACGGCGGGGCCCAUUGGAGGCGGGGCGUCGCUCUGAGCCAGUGUGUGUUGCCAGGCGCUUGGUCAGUGUGUGGGAAGUGCUGAAAUUUCAUAGCGUCACAGGGCUUUACUCUGCCGCCGUCACCGAGUGCUGGAGGUGCUGUCGUGAGUGUUAGCUAGCUAGUUGCUGAUCGGAGAGUAUAGCUACUUAGGGUCGGUAACGAAGCUAGACAGGACCCCGUGAAGAACCGACAGAGGUCAACUAUUGGCAAACUUUAUUGUAUAACGUUAUUGACCGAGGCCACAUCUUCUGUUUUUCACUGGUGCUGUGUCGCAAGAGCUUCCCCCAUUUUAACAGCGUUGGCUGGGGUGAUACCCUCUAAGUGCAAUAGCUAAAUGAUCAUGGAGAGGAAGAGGAUGGACUGCCCGGCUCUGCCCCCGGGUUGGAAGAAAGAAGAAGUGAUCCGGAAGUCGGGGCUCAGUGCUGGCAAGAGCGAUGUCUACUACUACAGCCCCAAGGGUAAGAAGUUCCGGAGUAAGCCGCAGCUGUCUCGGUACCUGGGCAACACGGUGGACCUGGCGUGCUUCGACUUCCGCACGGGGAAGAUGAUGCCCAGCAAACUGCAGAAGAACAAGCAGAGACUGCGCAACGAGAACUUCAGCCUGUCCAAGGGAAAGCCGGACCUGAAUACCGCACUGCCCAUCAGACAAACCGCUUCCAUCUUCAAACAGCCCGUCACCAAAGUGGUCAACCACCCCAGCAACAAAGUGAAGACAGACCUGCAGAGAGCCACCGAGCAGCCCAGACAGCUCUUCUGGGAGAAGCGGUUGGAAGGGCUGAGGUCGUCAGACAUAACGCAAGAGGUCCUCAGGACCAUGGAGCUCCCCAGGGGCUUACAGAGCGUGGGCCCGGACACGACGGACGAGACGCUACUGUCGGCCAUCGCCAGCGCGCUGCACAUGAGCUCCGCCCCCAUCACGGGCCAGACGUCCACGGCCGCCGAGAAGAACCCGGCCAUCUGGCUCAACACGUCGCAGCCGCUCUGCAAGGCCUUCAUCGUCACGGACGAGGACAUCCGGGAACAGGAGGAGAAGGUGCACCAGGCGCGGAAGAGCCUGGAGGAGGCGCUGAUGGCGGACGGUUUGGCGCGGGCCGCUGAACUGACCAGGGACGCCGGCUCGGAGGGCAAGGCCAGCGCGUAGGAGCUGCCCGAGGCGCCGAUUCCCUUUUUGCACCGGAUGCAGGUUCCAAAAUGCUGAGGCGAACCCGGAGAUCUUGUCAUCAGUCUGCUUUGAAAGCUGACCAGACCCAGGCACAAUUUAAUACCUUCUAAUAAAUAGCUUAAACCAAGGCCUUUUUGACUAUAAUAUUUUUUUGAUGUACAUAUCUAUAUAUAAUUUCAGAACAAUGCUUAUUUUGUUUCCGAAUUUUGAAUUUAAAUAUUCUUUUUUAUAAAGGCAAAUAUUGAGCAAUACUAUAUGAACUUCUGGAAACUUCUCAAGUCAGGUUGCAAUCUGCUGGAUUUGUAUUGCUAACUGUUUUUAUUUUUGUUUUUGGUUUUGUUGGUUGUAAGGGAUUUGUCAUUUUCAGGGUUUGUAAUGGAUAAUUAAUGCAUUUUCUGAACAUAAAUGGAAAUCGCUUAUUUAAGAAAAAAAUUUUAUACCUUAAGAGAAAAUACUUGUAAAUUCUUGCAUCACUUUAGAGUAAAUAAAUGAUUAUAUUCAGUA